AAGAAACUUAACGAACGAGUUUCCCAAUCUUGGCUACAAACGUAUGUCAGGAUUGCUGUUAGCAAGAGGUUUGCGAAUUCAGCAGGAUAGGAUUCGUGAAAUGAUGCGAAGAGUUGAUCCACAGGGUACAUUGUUUCGUGCUUUGUCUCUUACAGCAGUGCACAGACGUAAAUAUCAUGUUACUAGCCCCUUGUCACUUUGGCAUGUUGAUGGCAAUCACAAAUUGAUUAGAUGGAGAUUUGUGACUCAUGCAGGAAUAGAUGGCUAUUCACGUUUGCUGGUAUUUAUUCGCUGUAGCACAAACAAUCGAGCUGAUACUGUUCUAAGACUAUUUCUAUCUGGUGUAUCUCAAUAUGGACUGCCAUCCAGAGUAAGAACUGAUAAAGGAGGUGAAAAUGUUGGUAUUGCUCAAUUUAUGUUAAACCACCAUUUACGAGGACCUGGUCGUGGCAGUCAUAUUACCGGAAGAAGUGUGCACAACCAACGGAUUGAGCGCUUUUGGCGAGAUCUUUUUGAAGGUUACAAUAGAUCUCCCAUAAGAACAGAAAGAAAUCUAUCACCUGAACAGCUAUGGAUCCAAGGAUCUUGCUUAGCCAAUAAUUCAAACAACCAUAUACAGCAGGUAAACCAAGAAUUUCCACCCACCUUUACACAAAACUACGCAUGUCAUGAAACAGAUCAGCAACAAGUGAUUUUUCCAGAAACCAACAUUCCAUUGAAUGAAAUAGAUCUUGAUGAGCUGCAAAGAACCAUUAAUCCUUUAAGGCCAUCUAAUCAUAAUGGUGCUGACAUAUACAUUGAGGUGCUUCAGUUUAUAAAUACCAGACUGCACCAGGAAGACGAGUGACAUUGUGAACUCACAAAACAAGAAAAGCUACUUGACCUAUUGUUCAUUGGUGUCAAUUCAGAUAAUACAAAAGAAGAUAUGUAUGGCAACGAAGGCUAUAAAUUUUGCAUUAUGUUGAUUAUUUCAACAUUUUAGCAGAAAAUGUUUUUUAGCACAUAAAUGCUGAUGCACUGACAUAACAAAAUUUAAUGAAACAUUAACAUAUUCACUUUAAGUCUUUAACUAUAAAAAUGAUAUCCAAAACAAAUAAUAAAAAUAUUUCAAUUUAGUGCAUCAUCCAUAUUAGCUGUAACAAGCUAUGUUAUUGCUGAAAGAAAUGUAUAAACUGUUCCAAGAUCAAA